CAUCCAAUGUCAAUAUGUCAUAAUUCUCUUCUCUGCAAGCAUGAGCUUUUCAGACCUACUGGAUGACAUUGGAGGUCAGGGUCGUUUCCAGUUCAUCAAUACCAUUUUGUUGAUUAUACCUGGAAUUAUAAUGGCCAGUCAUCCUCUUCUUCAGAAUUUUUCUGCAGCUGUUCCAGAUCAUCACUGUCAGACAGCCGACAACACUUUACCAGGCAGCAGUUGGAACUUCACCAGUUCUGAUGUUCUUCUCAAGGCUUACAUUCCUGUGGAUGAGGGAACGAAACUCUCCAAGUGUUUGCAAUUCUCAAAGCCACAGUGGCACCUGACUUUUGAAAAUGGAAGCUUUUUCAACAUCUCAGAAACUCAAAAAAUACCGUGUCAGCAUGGCUGGUCCUACGACAGAACUGAGUUCUCUGAGACAAUUGUGACAGAGUGGAACCUGGUUUGUGACCUGCGCCAUUUGAGACAGAUGAGCCAGAGUAUCUACAUGGGGGGUGUUUUGUUUGGAGCGCUCAUCUUUGGCAGCCUCUCAGAUAAGUUUGGCAGGAGGACAAUUCUAACUUGGUCAUACUUGCAAGUAGGAGUGGUUGGCACCUGCACAUCCUUCUCUCCUUCCUUUGAAAUCUUCUGCAUUUUACGUUUCCUGACUGGCAUGGCUGUUUCUGGAGCAGUGCUUAAUGCAGUGUGUCUGAAUGUGGAAUGGGUUCCUAUAAGAUCACGCACCAUUUUUGGCACACUUUACGCAUUUAGCUUCUCCAUUGGCCAGAUGGUGCUAGCAGGAGUGGCAUAUACCAUCAGAGACUGGCGAAAGCUCCAGCUGGCAGUGUCCUGUCCCAUGCUGCUUUGCUUCAUGUACAGCUGGUGGUUGCCAGAAUCAGCACGGUGGCUCACUUUGAAGAAUAAGCCCGAUCAAGCACUCCGACAGAUCAAGAAAGUGGCCAGGAUCAAUGGACUCGCAAAUAAGGGCAAGCUUGUCACCUUGGAGGUCCUUAAGAGGCACAUGCAGAAGGAGGUUGAAUCCAGUAAAGUGAUAUACACGAUCUACGACCUCUUUCGCACCCCCAUGAUGAGAAGGAUCACACUGUGUCUUAUGACUCUUUGGUGUUGCAACAGCUUUGCAUUUUAUGGUCUGAUUAUGGAUCUACAAAAGUUUGGUGUGAGUGUAUUCCUGGUGCAACUGAUUUUUGCAGCCAUUGACUUCCCUGUCAAGUUAUUUGCCUCGGCCUCCUUGAUGUAUCUUGGUCGAAGGAGAACUCUGGGAGGGUGUAUGCUGCUGGCUGGCAUUAUGAUUAUUUCUAAUGCCUUCAUUUCUUAUGAUAUGAAGGCAUUACGGACUUCGUUGGCAGUUCUGGGAAAAGGAUUGUUUGGUGCUGCUUUCACUGGGGUGUACAUCUUCACUGGAGAACUCUAUCCCACUGUCCUUAGGCAGACUGGAAUGGGAUUUGGCUCAACACUAGCCCGUGUGGGUUCAAUGACAGCUCCGCUGAUAAGGAUGUUUGAAGAUCAUCUGCCUUCUCUCCCAGGCAUCAUAUAUGGUGCAGUGCCUAUAAUAGCAGCCUUUGUUGUCAUCUUCCUACCAGAAACUCUCAAUAUGCCUUUACCAGAAACCAUUGAUGAUGUUGAGGUACAGAGGAAAAAAGAGAAGAGACAGCAAAACAAGGAUAUGGAGAAGAAGAUAUCAUCAUUAUCUACGAAACUGUAAAAACAUGUCUUAUACGUUCACUUUUCAUAUAGGUGAUUUUUUUUCAUGCAGCUGCAAGUGUCAUACAACUACAACUGCCAUUGUUAGAAGGAGAUCAAUGAACGUUUUACAUCAAAAGUGCAUUGUGGUCUGAUAAUGUCAAUAAAUCUGCAGAACAGGUGAAAUAAAUGUAGAAACUUACGCACUACUUACAUAACUGCAAUGGUGUGUGCAGCUUCUGAGCAGU